AUGGACAAGCCAAAUGCCUUCUGGAGAAAGGUUUUAUGGUCAAAUGAGUCAAAGAUUGUUGGUCACAAUGACAAGAGGUAUGUUUGGAGGAAUAAAGGUGUGGCUUUCAAAUUUAAGAACACUGUACCAGCUGUCAAGCAUGAUGGUGGUGGCAUCAUGCUCGAGGGCUGUUUUGCUGUCAGUGGAACAGACUCCACUAUGGCCAGAUCUGCUCCGAGGGAGCUCAACCAUUGGUGGAGCCAGCUGAAGUUUCGCCUUCAGAAUAAAAAAGGAUGGAACGAAAUGCUGGAUGAGAGAUUUCUGCUCUACACAAAGAACACAAAUGACAUUCCUCUCUUCUAUGCGGCUAAAAACAACAGCGUCGGUUGCAUCAAGAAGCUACUAAGCUGUGCAUCCACAAAUAUCUUUGAGAGAGGUGCGCUAGGAGAGACAGCCCUUCACAUCGCUGUGAUGAACGAUAAUCUCGAUGCUGCCGUGGCUUUGAUGGACGGAGCCCCGGAGCUCAUCAACGAGCCCAUGACCUCUGAAAUUUUCCAAGGUGUUACUCCGCUCCACAUCGCUGUGAUGAAUCAGCACAGCGACCUGGUUCAUCAUCUGAUUAGUCGUGGUGGUGAUGUGGCCACACCUCGGGUCACUGGUCUGUAUUUCAGGAAAAGGAGAGAAGGACUUUUGUACUGUGGCGAGCACAUCCUGUCUUUUGCUGCAUGUACUGGCAAUGAGAGCAUCAUCUCCACCAUAAUCGACGCAGGCGCCAGCACCAGGGUCCAGGAUUACAAAGGCAACACAUUGCUUCACAUUUUGGUUCUGCAGCCCAACAAGACCAUCGCAUGCCACGCCAUUGACCUGAUCAUGGCACGUGAUGCAGAGCUGGACCACCAAGUGCCCCUUGACAUGGUUCCCAACUCCCGAGGUCUUACACCUUUUAAGCUGGCUGCCAAAGAGGGAAACAUGGUGGCAUUUCAGCACCUGGUUAACAAAAGACGUUUUGUCCAGUGGAGUCUGGGCCCUUUGACCUCUCAUCUGUACGACCUGACCGAGAUCGACUCAUGGGCCGACAACAUGUCAGUGCUGGAGGUGAUUGUAAGCAGCCAGCAGAAAGAGGCAAGGAGAAUACUGGAGGUCACUCCUGUGAAGCAGCUGGUGAGUCUGAAGUGGAACCUCUAUGGGAAACAUUACUUCAGGUUCCUGCUGUUGGUGUAUCUCCUGUACAUCGUGACAUUCACACUGUGUUGUGUGUUUCGCCCCCUAAAGGGUCCUCCAGAGAAUUACACGCUGCCAGGCAGCACUGUCUGGAUCCAGAAGACAUUUGCGGAGAGUUAUGUGACACACAGUGAUAAUCUGCGGCUGGUAGGAGAGAUCAUCAGCAUUGUGGGAGCUGUUGCCAUACUUUUGCUGGAGAUCCCUGACAUACUGAGAGUUGGAGCAAAGCGCUACUUUGGCCAGACAGCACUGGGAGGCCCUUUCCAUGUGAUCCUUAUCACCUAUGCCUGCUUGGUGAUUCUGCUGUGCGCGUUCAGAGUGUGUGGAGUGUACAGGGAGGCCGAGGUGAUGGCGGUGUGUUUGGUUCUCGGCUGGUGUAAUGUCAUGUUCUUCGCCCGUGGUUUCGAAAUGCUUGGCCCUUUUGUCAUCAUGAUACAGAAGAUUAUAUUUGGAGACCUGACAAAGUUUAUGUGGCUGACUUUCAUUGUGAUCAUGGGUUUUUCCACCUCCCUGUGGAUGGUGUAUAUGACUCAGGAAGUAGAUUCCCUUCCUUCAUAUCGCUCCUUCCCAGUCACCCUGUUUUCCCAAUUAGAACUCAGUAUGGGCUCCAUCGAUUUACCUGUUGACCAAACCAUCCCUGUACCUCCGAUCGUCCAUGUGCUGCACUUCGCCUACACUGUUUUCUCUUGCACGCUUCUGCUAAAUCUGCUCAUCGCCAUGAUGAGCGACACACAGUGGAGGGUGGCCCAGGAGAGAGACGAGCUCUGGAGGACUCAGGUGGUGGCCACAACGCUGAUGCUGGAGAGGAGGCUCCCUCGCCGCCUCUGCCCUCGGCUUGGGGUAUGUGGGCUGAACUAUGGCCUGAAUGAGCGCUGGUAUCUGAGGGUUGAAGACAGAAAUGACCCCAUGAUGCAAAAGAUGCGACGUUACAUAAAGGCCUUCUCCAAAGAGGAUGAGAAGGAGAAGGAGGGACUGGAGAAUUCAGACACAGCAAAGGGGAGCUUGAAGCUGAGAAAUAAAAAAGCUGGGGAAAUGUGGGAGGUGAUUCGCCACAGCGCUUUAGGUUUGGACAUGGAGAAGGAGGAGCCAGAGGAGGACCAGAACAUUAAAUAUGUUUAGAAAGACAUGCUACCUAACCCUGAAGAUCCUUCCUUUCAUUAACUUUGAGCCCUGUAUGUACUAAGCAGAUGUGAAGCAUUGAUGACUUUCAGUGAACUUGGGAAAAAAGGACCAAACUAUCUUGGUUUUUCUAUAUAGUCAAUAGUGCAAUUGUUUCCUCAGUGUUAUGCCAUAGACUG